AGGAUUGGAAUGAGGGAGUGAAUGUUCCGGGUCAGAAUCUGGACGCGAGAGGAAAUUAACUCCGGGAACUACGCGAAGACACGGCAACGGUUCUGUUUCACUCUAGCAUGAUUGAGAUGUAGCCCGGAUUCUAUGCGGUAAAAGCGGCGGUGUCUCAGCGGUGGCGGCGGCGCGGUGUUAGGCGGGUGCCUUCAAACUAAGCAAAGUGACGGCGGACGGUCGGAGAGUGAUUCCCAUGUCGGUCGUCACCUAACAAACGCCACCUUGGACUUGUUUACGGCUGGAGUUUUGCUGCGAACCACCUGUUCGUUUCGCUUUGCGGUAUUUUAGUUCCACCCGGGACGGUCCCGUCGUGGCAAUCUGUUGCGUUCCCCUCAACUCGACUGUUUGUUUCUCGCCCGGGUACGACAUUCAGCCGCACCACCCCCGUGAUGUUUCACUGUAUCCCCCUGUGGCGGUGUAACCGUCAUGUGGAGAUGAUCGAUAGACGCCACUGCUCGCUGCUCUUUGUGCCAGAUGAGAUUUACCGCUACGGACGCAGUUUGGAGGAGCUCCUACUGGACGCCAACCAACUUCGAGACUUGCCCAAGCCAUUCUUCCAGCUGGUGAAGCUAAGAAAACUCAGCCUGAGUGACAAUGAAAUCCAGAGGAUCUCUCCAGAAAUAGCCAACUUCAUGCAACUGGUAGAGUUGGAUGUAUCGCGAAAUGAUAUAAUGGAAAUCCCAGAGACCAUUUCACAUUGCAGGGCCCUCCAAGUGGCAGAUUUCAGUGGGAAUCCAUUAACAAGGCUACCUGAAAGCUUUCCAGAGCUCCGGAAUUUAACAUGCCUUUCUAUCAAUGACAUCUCAUUGCAAGUCCUACCAGAUAACAUUGGAAACCUCUCCAAUUUGGUAUCGUUAGAACUCCGAGAAAAUUUGUUGACAUUCCUCCCAGAUUCACUGUCCCUGCUUCACAGACUGGAAGAACUUGAUUUAGGAAAUAAUGAAUUGUAUAGUUUGCCAGACACAAUAGGCUGUCUUGUAAGUUUAAAGGAUUUGUGGCUGGAUGGAAACCAGUUGGCCGAAAUACCUGCGGAGAUGGGCAGCAUGAAGAGCUUAUUGUGUUUGGAUGUGUCUGAAAACAAACUGGAGCGACUUCCGACGGAGCUGGGAGGCCUGCUGGCACUCACUGACUUACUGGUGUCACAGAACCUCAUUGACGCGAUACCAGAAAGCAUCGGAAAACUACGCAAUCUGUCUAUUCUGAAAGCCGAUCAGAACAGGCUGACGUACCUGCCAGAGAGCAUUGGCAACUGUGAAAGUCUUACUGAACUUGUGCUCACAGAGAAUCAGAUACAGAGUUUACCGAGAAGCAUAGGAAAAUUAAAGCGGCUUUCUAACUUCAACUGUGACCGAAACCUGCUAACAUCUCUGCCAAAAGAGAUCGGAGGCUGCAGUGGCCUGAAUGUCUUCUGUGUGCGGGAGAAUCGACUGACAAGGAUACCAUCGGAGCUGUCGCAAGCCACGGAGCUGCACGUGCUCGACGUUUCUGGAAAUAGGCUUUCUCACUUACCGAUGUCUCUGACUACGCUUCGGCUGAAGGCUUUAUGGUUGUCUGAAAACCAGUCGCAACCCCUCCUCACCUUUCAAACCGAUGAGGAUCCCGAUUCGGGCGAGAAGGUUCUCACAUGCGUGCUGCUUCCCCAACAACCUUAUGAGUCUGACAACAAAGUGUCUGAUAAUCUCACACGCUUCGGAGCCCUUGAGAGCCUGGUGAAGGAUAUGACAGAUGACACGUGGGACAACAAAGCUAUGAACAGGAUCAGCGCCAUUCACUUUCUGGAUGAAGAUGAGGAGGAAGACGAUGAAAAGGGAACGUUACUGCGCCGCGCCACUCCUCACCCGGGCGAGCUGAAAACGAUGAAGAAAGCAGCAGAGAACCUCCGCAAUGACCUGAACGCUGCCAAAGGCUUGGACUCCAACAAGAACGAGGUCAAUAACGCAGCGGACAAUGUGACCACGUCUGUGUGACCUUAUACUUUUACCUUUUUGGACUCGUUUUUACCUCCCGUGUCACGCCAUGUCGUCCUGCACAAUCCGGCAACCCUUUUGUUUCUUUUUUUUUGUUUCUCUCUUUACCCGACAAACCCUGCUGUGGCCUUCCCGUUCUGUGAUUGAACCCUGGAACGCCUGUAAAGCUUCAUCCUCCCUCAGGGCUGCUGUGCCUUCCUGUUUUUAAUUCACAGCAAUAAUGCUGAUAUGAAAUGAUGUUUUAAAACAUUUUUAAUGCCUCUUUAUAAAGGAAAAAACACUAGGUAGUUGCACUAUUACUUUAAAUCUAUAAUACAGUCAAAGUGUUUCAAAUGUAUUUGUUCUAUAGCUAUUUUUAAACACUGGGUGAAUUUCUAAUUCCAUUCUGGGCAUAUAUGUUAAAGCAGGAUGUUUUGGAUCUACUGAUUGAGGAUUAUUGUAUAGUCUCAUGUGAAUACUUUUGUACUUUUUUGGCAGCUCCAAUGUAAAUAUAAAUGUAUAGCAAAUUUUAUUCCCCCCCCCCCCCCCCCCCUUUUUAAACUUGGUACGUUUUUUUAAACUCUAAACGGAAUGAACAAAAUCUCAUUCACUCAUGUCUUAUUCAGUCCAUUGAACUGUCACCGAGUACGAUGGCCUUUUCAGGAAAAUCUGUAUGACCGCUUGUAGCUUCAGUUUGAACAGUGUCAAAAAUCAAUGAACUGCUUUGUAAUUAACGUUUCUCAAACAGGAUGCCAAAAUACAGCUGUUUGCUUUACCUGUUUUUUUCAAGAGUACUAUACAGAGUAGACUGUUUAAUCAGACUGAUGUUCGCACCAGAAGGAAACGAUGGAAUCCUUUAAAAAUCCCGUUUUGGACUUUCCACUUUAACGCACUUGUCAACCGCUCUCUAAGCUCAUUCAUUUGAGGACUCGUAACACAGUAUAUGAAUUCGUGGACCAGGUUCAUUAAAUAUAUAUAUUUUUUUGUUUGUUAUUUUAAUUAUUCUUGAUCAAACUGCACAAACUUUGAAGAGAUUAUUAUUGAACUAUGAGAUCUGAAUGACUUUUAACCACUGAUUAAUAAAAGGAGUGCAACACUAAA